AUGUCCGUCAUGCCUAACGGGACGGAAGUAGCAAAGAAGCCCAGGCCUAUUCCUCCUCGUCCGCUAAUGGAUUCUGGAAGCGAACAGAGACGACGGGAUAACAAAGACUUGUGCGAGGUUUGCCGGAGCCUCGACCUGGGAGUUCACAGCUUCAAGGUCCAGUCAGGGUCACCCGGGGGCUCUGGAGGAUCUGGAGGAGGUCAAUCCUCGAGUCGUCCAUUACACUCAUCCACAACCGCUCGACGAUUGGGCACUCUUCAUGAGAUCAAAGCUCGCUCCACAACCUGUGCGCUGUGCGCGCUCGUCGUGAAGUCGGUGGACGAAACAGGCACCCAAAAGCCAGCCGACCAGCCUCUUGGCGAGAAAGCGGAAACUCGACUCCAGGGGGCAACAUGCCUCAUCAGCUGGGAGAUUGACGGUCGCGAAGCAGCAGCCUCGACCAGGAACCCCGGCCAUAGCCCAAAGAACCUCGUGCGAGGCAUCACGCGGCGUAUGCACAUCCGAUGGGACCACCCCCGGCUGUCCGACGCGUAUCUGGUCUACGUCGCCCCCGAGACGUUCUCGAGGACCACCUCGGACGCCGAUCGCGUCUGGGCCAAGGGAUCGCUCUUUCUCGGACGCGCAAUCACGGAAAACAUCGAGAACCAGGCCCUGAUCCAGUCGUGGCUGGAUCUCUGCAGGAAGACUCACCGAGGGCCCUGCUGCCAGAUACAGGACGGCCGCGUCGAACGCUUCAUCGAAAUGAUCUCGCACUCCUACUUCGGCGUCAUCGACGUGCAGAACAUGCAGCUGACGCAGCUGCCCUGCCAGUCUCUACCUGGGCCCCGGGCCUUCAGACAUGCGCCAUAUUACGAGACCUUGGAACAGGUCAACCCCGAGCCGUACGUCGCGCUGAGCUACGUCUGGGGCGCCGGUGCCGGAGCCUACACGACCCUCACGGAGAACGUCAUGCUCCACCGCACGCACGGGGGUCUCGAAGAGGUGCUGCAAAAGCUACCGAGGGCGAUCCAGGACGCCAUCGACUUGGUGCGGAGGCUCGGGUUCCGAUACGUCUGGAUAGACCGCCUCUGCAUCGUCCAGAACAGCGCGCGGUCGUGGAAGCUCAACGCAUACAACAUGGACCUCAUCUACGGCAACGCGGAGCUCACCAUCUGUGCGGCGGAUGGCGACGCCACGAAAGGUCUCUGUGCCAUGCGGCCGGCGACGCGCAAUACCAGACAGAUCAAGGGCCACAUCAACUCGCAACUACAGCUGAUGGUGACGCGGCCGCCGGAGAUGUACAUCCGGGCCUCGGAGUGGAACGAGAGGGCGUGGACGUUCCAGGAGAGGCUUCUGUCGCGCCGGUGUCUGAUCUUCACCAACGGGAGGGUCUACUUCCAGUGCCGGUCGACCGGCAUGUCGGAGGACAUCUUUGGGGACAAGAGGGGGGCCGGCUGGUCACUGGACCUGGUGGACGCCCCCUUGCAGAUGUUUCGGCAGCUGGAAAGCCGCUCCGUCUGGGUCUACAUGAAGUGCGUGGAGCUCUACACGGAGCGGAAACUCACCCAGGCCAAGGACAUACAGGCGGCCUUCAGCGGCAUGGCCAACCUGAUGGAGGAGCGCAUGCGUGCGCCCUUCGUCCACGGGCUGCCGAGCUCCCACUUCGACCUCGCCCUCCUCUGGGAGCCCAUACACUCCAGCAAGCGAAGGGUCCUGAAGGAGACGCCCGAAAACGCCUCGAUCCCGGAUUUUCCCAGCUGGUCGUGGACCGGCUGGACGGGCGAGGUCAAGUACAAGGAGGACCUGAUGUCUGGCGUUCUGGACGGCGUCUCUGACUGGCUGGACACGCGCACCUGGAUCGAAUGGUGGGUUCGAGACGGCCACGGCGACCUACGGCCGCUUUGGGACUAUCGGAUGUCCGAGGAGGACACGAGCAAGGACGUCAAAUGGAGGGGCUACACCCGGAACCGGGCGGCGGCAAGAAACGAGCGGCCCAGGAGGCAACGCGACGACUACGAGUACGACAUUGACGCCACGAAUGCGUAUGGACCAAGGGAUGCAGUCAUCCCCUCUCGGGGCCGAAACCCUUCCCCUCCACGGCUUGUCCGGAGGAGCUUUUUGAGUGAUGAUGACAAGUUCAAGCAAAACAACAACGACGACAGCUACGACGACUCGGACAGAUUUUCCGGGGCGUCUCAGGGCGAAGCCGGCGAGGUCUACGUCUCAGAUCGGUAUCUUACAGGGGGCGUACCUCCGCCCCAGAAGGAAGCCAGAUUCGCGGAUGGUCCCGAUCCGAGGCCGGCUCCACUUGCGCCGUUUCCAUAUCCGCCCCCGCCUCCGGGUCCGCACCACCUCCGGCCUCUGAGCCCGUACAGGCCCCAACCUCCGCCCCCACCUCCACCUCGACCCAGGUUUCGGACAGGCCAAGACCAUGACCCGUACGCGACCGAGAGGAUAUAUAGCCGCUACUACAGGAACACACCGAUCAUCACCCAACCCUACGCCGCCUCUCUCCCCCUUCCGGUCGAUGGGACAACUGCCCGCCAGUCCAUCUUCCCGCCGCGAGCCUCCCGACGCAACGCCUCACCUCCUCCCCCGGCUCCGGCGCCGGUACAUUCGGAGCAUCCGACGCACAACGCCGACUUCUUCGACAUGUUCUUCGACGGCGGCGACAAGGACUUCAACAUCACGCUGCGCGACUACCCUUACCGCGUCGUCAAGGCGCCCUUCGACCCCAGGCCGCAGACCGCCGAGUACCCGCUGCUGCCGAUCCUCCAGUUCCGGACGUGGCACACGUGGCUGUACAUCCGCGCGAGCACGCCGCCCGAGCAGAAGCAUGACGACGGCGACGAUGACGACGACGACGACCACAGCAGGCGGACAAGCAUGGGUCUCGGGGCGGGCGGCCAGGUGCGGCAUCACAUCGCCGACGAGGGGGGCGACUGGUGCGGCUCCAUCAUGCUCGACGCCGAGUGGGCGGCCAAGGCGGACGCCAGGCAGGAGUUCAUCGCCGUCUCCGAGGCCAAGAGCUUCACUGAGGCCGAGUGUCAGGAGUGGACGUACUACGUGCCCAAGGAGCGUGACCAGAGCGAGUGGGAUCUGUUUUAUGUUCUGCUCAUCGAGCGGAAGGACGAGAGGUGGGAGAGGAUUGGGGUGGGCAAGGUCUUCAAGGAGGCGUUCCGGGGUCUCAAGCAGAGGGAGAUUAUGCUCAGCUAG